UAGUAUUCUUGUUUAGACUCUCUUAUCAAUUAAUAUGAAUUUCUGUAACCACCCAAAUGAGUAAUUAAAUACUAUACAUAUAUAGGAUACUUAGCUAAACUGUGAGUAAUGAACUUUGUCACAUUCUGCUCAUUCUCAUCCUAUAAUACCAAGUUUUGAAUAUCAUAUGUGCUUUGAGUAGAUUCUUGAAUUUUUUCCUUCACUUCAUCUCUUUUCAGCUUCUUCAAUCUUCAUGCCCUCCUAAUAUUUGGGAAUUUAAGAAACUAUACUUGUUAGAAAUGGAAACUGAAAUUCCAAGUUAUGACAGGAAAAAGUACAAUAAUGCUAAUGUAGAGGAGAGGUCUGCAGAGGAGAGAGCCAUAGAUGAUUGGCUUCCAAUCACUGCUUCAAGAAAAGCAAGAUGGUGGUUCUCAACUCUUCACAAUGUCACUGCUAUAGUCGGAGCCGGAGUCCUCAGCCUCCCUUAUGCCAUGUCCGAGCUCGGAUGGGGGGCUGGAGUGGCAGCCUUGGUGAUAUCUUGGAUGAUCACUCUCUACACUCUGUUGCAAAUGGCACAAAUGCAUGAGAUGGUGCCGGGGAAACGCUUCGACAGGUACCACGAGCUAGGCCAGCAUGCCUUUGGCGACAAGCUUGGCCUGUGGAUCGUCUUGCCUCAGCAGCUCAUGUGCCUGGUUGCUGUCGACAUAGUUUACAUGAUCACGGGAGGCCAGUCUCUCAAGAAAUUCCACGACUUGGUCUGCAAAGAUUGCAAACAUAUCAAACUCACCUAUUUCAUCAUGAUCAUCUCAUCUGCCCACUUCGUCCUCUCCCAGCUCCCGAGCUUCAACUCAAUCUCCGGUGUGUCUUUGGCAGCAGCAGUGAUGUCUAUAAGUUACUCUACAAUCGCGUGGGGUGCUUCUAUAGAAAAAGGUGUGCAGCCUAACGUGCACUAUGGCCAUAGGUCAAAGACAACGGCUGGUGCUGUGUUCGACUUCUUCAGUGCUUUGGGGACCGUUGCUUUUGCCUAUAGUGGCCACAACGUCGUGAUGGAAAUCCAAGCUUCGCUGCCUUCAACACCAGAGAGGCCGUCAAAGAAAGCUAUGUGGAAGGGAGCUGUUGUUGCCUAUGUAAUUGUCGCCUUGUGCUACUUCCCCGUUGCUCUAAUCGGAUACUGGACUUUCGGGGCUGCAGUAGAGGACAACAUCUUGAUCACCCUGCAAAGACCUAAGUGGUUAGUUGCAAUGGCUAACAUGUUUGUCGCGGUUCACCUCAUUGGAGGCUAUCAGUUAUAUGCCAUGCCCCUUUAUGACAUGACUGAAACUGUGCUUGUGAAGAAGCUCAAGUUCAAGCCAACUUGGUAUCUUAGGUUUAUUUCUAGGAACACUUAUGUUGCUUUUACAAUGUUUAUUGCCAUCACAUUCCCUUUCUUUGGCGCGCUUGUCGGGUUCUUUGGAGGCUUUGCUUUCGCGCCAAACACGUACUAUCUUCCCUGCAUCAUGUGGCUUGCCAUCUGCAAACCGAGGCGAUUCAGCCUAUCUUGGUUGGUGAAUUGGGUGUGCAUAUUGUUGGGGGUUCUUCUGAUGGUUGUUGCACCCAUUGGAGGGCUAAGGCAGAUUAUUCUCAAAGCCAGAACAUACAAAUUUUAUGAAUAGAACAUUGUUUCUAGGAGUCAUGAUUGUAAUUUUCUGAGACAGACAUAUGCAUAUUUUUCACUCGUGUAAGAAGGGAUCGACAUCACAUAUAAAUUGAAUGAGGAAGCUGAGAUUGAAGUGUAAUCAAGCUCAUUAUAAACUGUGGUUUAUACCUACAUCAAGGAAAAAUACAAUGUAACAAAAAAAAAAAAGAAGCAAAAUAAACUUCAUGUAAUAUAGCAAACAAGUACACCAUCAUUAGAAAGCAAAGUCAACAAUUUAUAGAGCUGUUCUUAGCUCAACAAUAACGACACACUUUCUUAUCAGAGAAAGUAGAGCUAAUGCACCUGUCAAUUAAACUUGAUCAUCUCUGAAACAAGUCAAAAAAACCCAUGUCCAAGACAAUAACUGCACCGUACAUACAAAAAGUGUCUCAAUUUUUGGCCUUUAACAUAUUAUUCUCCUUGAUUCUGGCUCGGUUAUCCAGCUUGACGAAGCGCUUCAGAUCGUCAAAUGGAAGACUUUCUGUGUCUUUCCUCUUGAGCUCACUAAGGGCGGGGCGUUUGUCGAGCAAGUGCCACAACCAAUCCGGGUACUCAGAAUCAGGCAAGAUUUUAGGGUCUUGCCCGUCUUUUAGUAUAUUGGCACCAUAAACCGUAGUGGAUUUCGCUUCUUUGCUUAACAAUGAUGCUUUGGGGGCAUCUCCAGCAGCACCACCUUUAGAGCCUUUCUUCGUUUUAGCACCUCCAGCAGCAAAUGUUCUGCAGCCCACCACUUUAAAUACCUCGUUCGAGGUGGUGAUGCUUUUCAACGUCCUCACGAGCGCCAUUGGCCUAUCUAUAUGGCUGCAGUAAGGAUCAAGAACAUUUAACUCGGUUGAUAAAGAAACAGAAAACCCCUGCAAAAUUUUCUACAACUAGAAGCAAUGAUUGGAUAAGAGUUCCCCCAUCUAAGUAUAUAAUUAGAAUGUUAAGGGGAGUUUACUUUGCAUGAUUCAUAAAAUGCAUGAUUAAGUAUUUUCAUCCUCUAAAGUAGGAUAGCUCCAAUCUCACCCUUUAAAUGGGAUAUGAAAUAAUCAAGGGCCUUAAAUAUCCAAAGUUCCAAUCCAUUUAAGUAAACAAGAAAUUAGAUUUACUAUUUUUAUUGAUCAAGGCUAAUUCUCAAAAGUAAACACCACCUUAAAGUAUAGGACUGAAAGGUUAAUAUCAGAUCAAACACAGUAAUUAAUAAUUUAACAAAAAAUGAUUGAACAACUCACAAAUUAAUCUACCAAACUAUGAAAAACCCAUUGCUUGAUAUACAGCAAUUUGAACUAAACAAAAGGCACCUAUUUCAAAUAAUCCACCCUAAUAAAAACAAUAUCAAAGCAUAAUAUACAAGAACAAGACAAAGACCAACAGAAAUUAUAUUCAAACAAAUUCGAGCGAUGAACAGAAAUCAAAUUCAGAAAAAUUCAAUCAAAUGUAUGCACGAGUGAUGAACAGAACAGAAAUCCACAAAAAAGUCGACAACGUAACAGAAUGAAACAAAAAAUAACGUUCGAAAUCAUACCUUAAACGAGGAGAAGCGAUGGAAGGCGGAGAGCUGGGCGAGCCUGCGCGUGCGUCGGGAAGCAGCCUGGUUGGUGAUGGGCGAGCCUGCGCUGCGCGUGCGUCGCAACGUCCGAUGGCGGUGGGUUCCCAGCUAGGAUUUGGGAAUGGAGUGAACUGACGGCGCUAGAGAGAAAAUAUGUAGUUAUAUGGGCCAACAUUACAAAAGAUUCGGGCUACCCACAUUUAGGCCCAAUAUAAAUGGAUCGGACCUAACCUUCAACUCCAGUAGCUUAAAAUUUGAACUAAACCAGCUGAAACAAAAGGGAAGCAAAAAUUUCUGCUCCCUUGCGCUCCAAAUCCAAUACCUGGUGUUCGAUAUUUGUUGCGUUGGGUAGCGAUAAUCUAUUGAGGGAGAAAUCGACAAGGACAAAAGCAAAAAAAGAGCUUGCGGACGUGAUUGGAAAAGCAUUCGAGGUUUAUUGAAGAGUUUGAAUGCUCAGAAUCAUCAGCUCCUCAACUUCUAUACCAUAUUGCAUAUUGUCAUAUCCAUUCAAAUGCCUUUCACCUCGAUAGUUCAUGACUAUCUCGGAAAGCAUAUGCUUUCUCUUGCAUCUCAAUACCUAUCAAAUAGGACAAUAAAGAGUCAAGCAUACCUAGAGAACGGCGCGCGAGACUUAAUUAUUUAAUUGCAAGAUUUACUCAAGAAAGGUUAAGGAGAUGACUCGGGCGAUGAGAGGCGGGGCGAGUGAUGUUACUAAAAUUUGCUGGUUUGAAGAUUGAGAUUGUGAUAUCAAGAUGAAAAAAGUUGGUAAGUCGAAGAAGCAGCCAAAAGCAGAACACGAGAGUAACGUUGUGGAACAGGAGAAGGCCUCUGUCCGGCCAAAAAAGAAUGCGAGUGAGAUUGAUGAAAUCUUUGCUGGAAAGAAACGCAAGAGACUGGAAACGGAAAAGAAGGCCGAGGAUGAGAAGCCUGCCAAAGUAGCAGCUGCAACUGUGAGGCCACUCGACAAAAAGAAGGGAAAGAGUAUCAAGAGCCGCUCCUUCAAACAGAGUUCAUCUGCAGUCGGCUAUUCUCAAUCGAGGAAGAAAACUGCUGAUGGGCUGUCUGUUUUUUCGGAAGAGGAGCUGGGCAUAGGGAAGCCAGAUGCAGGAGGAACUGCUUUGUGCCCCUUUGAUUGCGACUGCUGUUUUUGAUGGAUUCAAUCACAAUUUUGUCAGGUGUUAAGCUGCUUAAGUUUUUGCAUCUAUGAUCCAACUCUUCUCUUUGAUGUUAAGAUUGUUGUAACCAAAUUGGAGUCAUCAUUUAUGUGAAGGAAUUUAUGUUGUUAACUU